AUGGACAACCUCGACUUCUCCCACGAUGCCUUCCUGACCUUCGACGCCCUCGACUCCAACCAGGGGAUGGUCGGCAUACCCACCCCGGCGGAGGAAAGUCGCAACUGCCGGGAACAUCACCUGAGGCAUUGGCCAGUGCAAUCGACUACGGUUGAAGAGGCACCGACACUCAACGUCACGCCAGCAGCGCUUGUCGUUUCUCGCAAGGCGCUCUCGGCUCGGCAGGACGAUAAGCCCAAGCCGUUCGAAGCCAAGAAGCUGAUUGAGGAGGGCUUCGGGAAGGACAAGCGGCGGCCUGGCUUCCAACGCAACUCAAUUGUCAAGCACGCAGAGCGGGUACAACCGAAAAUCCUCGGAGUUCUCCUCGGCGAUGCCAAUGGCUGGCUCUCCUACUUAUAG